AUGAAGACCACACAAGUUUUCUAUUUUUACGUGUGCAAGGGUACCCAGAAUGAAGCCAUCACGAGGUACGAAUCCCUGGCUCAGAGGUACACCAACUGCACCUACGUCGAUGGCAACCUGGAACUCGUCUUCCUGACCAACUCCUCGUUGAAUCUUUCCUUCCUAUCUGGAGUCAGGGAGGUGACGGGCUACGUUCGGAUAUUUGGUACCUACCUCGACUACAUCCCACUGGAUAGUUUGAGGAUCAUUCGAGGAAGGAGUCAGUUUGUGGAGAAGGGUGUGGGUUACAGUCUGCACGUGGCUUACAAUUUCGACCCAAAGGAUCCGGUGAAUGUUGGCUUGAAGGAGUUGAGAUUGACGUCACUGCAUGAAAUCCAGUUGGGCAACGUGUACGUGCAGCACAACAACCGCAUGUGCUACAGCGACCACGUCCGCUGGGACGACAUCGUCACCGGCGCCAACAGCCUCGUGAUCGUCAACGAAACUUUCGACCCGUUGUAUGCGCACAGGCAAUGUUCAGACUGUGAUUUGUCGUGCGAGAUCAUGGGCAGGAGGUAUUGCUGGGGCAACACUUCCAACUCUCCCAACGAAUGUUGCGACGCUGAGUGCAUUGGAGGAUGUGUUGGACCUCUCAAGACUCAAUGCUGGGCCUGCAAGAACUUUGACAACAAUGGUUCCUGCCUGACCUUCUGCCCUCCUGAGUUCAUUUACAGCCACACGCUCUACAAAUCAGUUCCAAAUCCCGCCUUCAAAUAUUCUUACGGAACCCUCUGCGUUGAUAAGUGUCCAGAACACCUGGUGAGCAGGCAGGGGGCAUGCGUGCAGGAGUGCGGGCCAGGAAUGAAGGCAGACGAAGAAAGGAAGUGCGUGGAGUGCAAUGGACCCUGCCCUAAAUCUUGUAAUUUUGAGGUUGCAUACCUUGAUUCGGAGAAUAUAAAAUCGUUGGAGGGUUGCACAAAACUCAUCGGAAACAUCGUGCUAUUGGAACUUUCCUUUGAGGGAGAUGCGUGGAUGAAAAUACCGCCAAUGAAUGUUAGCAGUUUGAGGUAUUUGAAGGAUAUCAACGAGAUCACUGGGUAUUUGAAGGUGCAGGCAACAUUGGAUCAGUUCAAGAACCUCUCCUUCCUUUCAAACUUGCACACCAUACAAGGCAGGAUUCUGGACGGGCAGGGAGCCUCCGUGAGUAUCUUCCAAACAAGCCUGCAGUCGUUGGGUCUGAACUCGCUGAAGUCCAUAAACACCGGUGGCAUCUUCAUCGCCAACAACAGCCAGCUUUGCUUCGCUGAGAACAUCAACUGGCAGAGGUUCAUAAAAAACCAAAGCAGACGAGCUGUGGUCAGGUUCAACAGGAAUGAACAAGACUGUCAGAGGGAUCUGGAAGUCUGUCACGCCGAAUGUUCCAACGACGGAUGUUGGGGUCCGGGAAAUGAUCAGUGCCUGUCCUGCCGGCACUUCUUCUACAACUUCACCGAUCUGCACGGCAACAAAGCGACAAAGUGCGUGACGUCAUGCUCUUCCCAACCAGGGCUGUACCUCAUUUCCGGCAGGGAGUGUGGGCUGUGCCACGAUCAGUGCAAGUCCAAUUGCUCCGGGCCCGGCGCCGAGAAAUGCGACAGUUGCAAGUUAGUAAAAGAUGGUCCAUUCUGUCAGGCCAGCUGUCCUCCCUCUAAAUACCCGGACGAACAUUUUCUCUGUCAGACAUGUAACGAACAUUGCGGGCCUGAGGGCUGCACCGGGCCUGAAGCGUACGAAAAAGUGGGUGGUUGUAAGGCCUGCUCUCUCCCUAUUUAUGGCUGGUCGGAACAACAAGCUACGAUCCCGCAGUCAACACCUUCGACCUCAUCACCAUUGUUGCCGUCACCAUCGUCACCACCUUCUCUGGUGGAUGUACCAAGACCAUCGUCGCCAGCUUCUCUGCCAUCUUUUUUUGCUUCAUCCAUCAAAUGCCUUCCGGUUGAUUCGAAAUGUCCUGACGGUUACUUCAAAAGACACAUCAAAACAGCUUGCAUCAAGUGCCACUCCCUCUGUCGAACUUGCAACGGUCCGUCCUCCGAUGAAUGCAUUGUCUGUGCUUUCUUCCUUGAAGCAGGUAGAUGUGUCCGUAGCUGUCAAUCAAAUUAUUACGUCUCAAUCGAGUAUGAUCACCAGUCUCAAAGUGUUCUACCCUUUAGUUACACUGGCCUCGACCUCUCAAAAAGCACGUCAAUCAAGUCGGUGGUAGGCACACUCACGUGCAAGAGAUGCGAUGAGAGUUGCCUGAGAUGUGUGGGGCCAUCCAAUAGGAACUGCACUGCAUGCAAGCAUUACAAGGUGCUCAUCGAUGAGGAUGAUGGUGCUGCUGCUGAAGAAUAUGAUGGCGAAAGUGAUGUCAGUGAUGGUGGUAGCAGGAUAAAUACUAACGGUUAUGACGUCAAAUUUUACUGUACAGAAAGAUGCCCUGAAGACAAACCUGACGCACACGUCAACAACACUGAAACCAUCUGCCUUCCUAUCGACUACGUUGCCAAACGACGGAGAGAUGUGUCGGUGGCCCUAGGCGUCCUCAUCUCUUUCAUAAUCACUUGCACCAUUCUCGGCGUCAUUUUCAUCAGGCGCAAGGAGAUCAUAAAGAAGUUCAACAAAUAUCAAGCCGAAAUGCGCUUUCUAAACGCAAAAUCUGAUGUAAAGCCUGCAAAAGCUGAACCAGACCUCGCCAACCUCCGUCUCAUCAACAACUCUGAACUGAGGACAGGGGCCGUCAUUGGGUAUGGAGCUUAUGGAACUGUCUAUAAGGGUUAUUGGUUCCCCACUGACGGAAACCCAGAAGGCAUGCCAGUGGCGAUAAAAAUUUUGAAAGAAGGCAGCCAGGAGUUGCUGGCUGAGGCGAGGAUCAUGGCUUCCGUGCGGCACGUGUCGUGCAUCAACAUACUCUGCCUGUGUCUAACGGAGAACCUCAUGCUCGUCACGCCUCUCAUGCCGCAGGGUUGCAUGUUAGAUUACAUAAGGAAGAACACGAAAUCCAUUUCCGCUGACGUCAUUUUGAGAUGGAGUACGCAGAUUGCCGAGGUUGAAUUUGCAAAUUUAAAAUAUGUAACUGUUGAAAGUUUAGACCAGGUUAAGAUAACAGACUUCGGAUUGGCCAAGUUGAUUGACCGCGAUGACAUUAAGAUUGGCGGGGAAUCCGAAGGAGCUAUGAAGCUGCCUGUGAAAUGGUUGGCCUACGAAUGCUUGGUCAAUAAAAUAUUCGAUCAUAAAAGUGAUGUUUGGAGUUAUGGGGUGACCAUAUGGGAAUUGUGCACGUUUGGAGAUCGACCCUACAAGCACGUGUCCAACGUGAAACUGAUCCCAGAAAUGUUGAGAGAAGGCAUUCGAUUAGAGAAACCGCAGAUCUGUUCAAAUCAUUUUUACUACAUCCUUUAUUCUUGUUGGAACCUCAAUCCUAACGACCGACCGACAUUUUCUGAGCUGGUCAAGGAUUUCAUAACCAUGCAACAAUCGUCUGGACGCUACCUUACCAUUCCUCCCGAUGGCCGUCUACCUUUAGAACGCCACCACAAAAUCCCAGCCAGCCAUCAACAGUCACUUGAAUUUAAACAAAAACCGUUUCGGUUUGGUUACGAAUCAAAAAGUUCCGGCAGUGAUGUCCGACAGUCGCUCUUAUCCGACAAACCGGUGGAUUAUUUGAUGCCAGGAAACAGUCCCGAGCCUCCGAUCUUGUACAACAACUUGAUGUACUUGAAACAACAAAACGCUGUUAGCAAUGGCUCUGCGAAGAAAUCACCUCUGUACGUCAACUCAGUGAAGCCGAGCAGCUCGAGUGACAUUCUAGAACCGACUUACGUACCGACCCUCCAGCCGAGCAGCGAGUAUUACAACGAUUUCUCACCAGGUUUCCUCAACAGACCGAUCAGGUUGAGAAAUAAGGGCGACAGCAGCUAUCAACACUACAAAGCGCCAAACACUUCAAACACAACCGGCCAACAACAGACCGAAGAUUGUGGUUCUAUUCCUACGAAUAUCCGAGAAAACUCUAUGACGGACGAUUAUAUAUCGGUGUUAUCAGCAAAGAGUUUGUACAGAAAUUCGACAUUAAGUAACGGCGCUCUGGCUCAACAAAAUCAACAAUCAUCUGAAUUUUCACUCAUGCCAGAGAGCAAGCAACGAUUAUCAUCGUCGUCGGCAUCUUUUAAUCCAAAAAGAACAUCGCUAUCAUCAUCGCAUUCCAUCCCAUCUCCUGGUUUGCCGUUUUCUGUGGCUCCGCCCACUGAACAACUGACCAAUCAGAUGAGAGACAGUUUCUACGGCAGCGAAAAUGCCAGAAAUAGUCAGGAAGACCACGGAUAUUACAACACUUUAUCUUUUUAACACAAACCGAGUGUUAAACUAAUUUUUAUUCACAGCCAUGUAGACACGUAGAUUGAAAUGAUACAACUCUAUUGAGUACGUCACAUACGAUAACGCGAAACGCAAUGUUGCACUUUGCAAUAUUCUACCAUCUCUUUAUUCAUAUGACAAUAUGGCAUAUAUAAUACGUCAUUAGCUGUGUUAUUACGGUAGCCGUUGUUAUUUUGUGGGCAAUAUUUCCUUCAUAUCAUUUAUUUUUUUAAACGUUUUUUCAAUCCUAUAGACAUAUUUCUUCAAGAUCGAAUCAAAAGUUGCACCUAAAUGUACAUGUAUAAGCAAUUUUGUUACUUGUGAUAAUUUUGUAAUUUUUCUUUUAAACUUCGAAACCCGUGCAACAGUUCUUUCUACACGACGAUAACACAUCAUUGUUAUUUAUUUACAUAGCGCGUUUGCAAGGUCUAGGGAUAAGAAUUUAUUUUCAUCAUGACAUCAACAUCGGGUAUGUAUGUACCCUAUAACUACAUAACAUAAAAUAUGUAAAUAUAACGUGUGUGUGUGUGUGUGUGUGUGUGUGUGUGUAACUACUAACGCAAAUGAAACGUUGAAUUUGAAUUAUAAGCACUACUAACAAAACUGAAUGUGAGAGCAUUAAGUAAAACACCAAAUUAACAAAUUUUUUCCUUAAUGAGACUUUUAUUUGUUGAUGAUGCGUGAUGUGAUGGAUGAAAAAUAAAAAAAAAAGUGUCAAUAAAAUCAAGUGAAUGUUCAGUUUAUUU